UACGCUGCACGUCGGCUCCUCCCCGGACGCGCUGGUUGCCAGGGAGAAUCGGUACUUGCGGUGUCGCGGAUAGGCUUUCCUGUGCGCGCUCUCGUUUUUGUGUGACCCCAAAUGCCAGCAGCCGGAGAACUAUAGUAUUAGACUGACCGCCAGUUAAGGUGUGUAUUGUACUUUGCCCAGAGCCCUUGGCUUGUCUGUAGUAUGGUUGAUAUGGGGCUCACUGAACUCGAUAGAGUUUAGUGCAAGAUAAAUAUCACAGAUUUAAAUGACCUGAAAGGAGUCUAUACAUAAGUUUUCCACCCACCCAGUGGAGGAGCUUUGCUUCUAAUAAGAGGAUAAACAGCAGCACCCCUCCACCAUGGAACUGCAAUUACAUCGCAUGGAUUACCUGCAGGUAGGAGUGACUUCUCAGAAAACCAUGAGAUUGCUUCCUGCUUCAGGAAGACGAGCUACUCAGAAGGUUGUUGUUGGAGAUCAAGACGGUGUUGUUACAUGUUUUGGCAUCAAGAAAACUGAAGCUGUGCCAGUUUUCAAGACCUUGCCAGGCCAGAAGAUCUCCCGAUUAGAACUAGGAGGUGCUCUUGGCACACAACAAGAGAAGAUUUUUGUGGCUGCAGGAUCAGAAGUUCGAGGUUUUACAAAGAGGGGGAAACAGUUUCUGUCAUUUGAAACAAAUCUAACAGAAAGUAUCAGAGCUAUGCACAUAUCUGGAUCUGAUUUGUUUCUAUGUGCAAGUUACAUAUACAAUCAUUAUUGUGAAUGCAAGGACCAACACUACUUCCUGUCGGGAGAUAAAAUCAGUGAUGUUGUAUGUCUACCCGUGGAGAGGUUGGAGCGCAUUACCCCAGUGUUGGCUUGCCAAGACCGUGUGCUUAGAGUUCUUGAGGGCUCAAGUUUGAUGUAUGAAGUUGAAGUUUCGGGACCUCCAUCUAUUUUGGCUUUGAACAAUGGAAAUGGCGGUGAAAGUGGGGAAGAACUUUUAUACGGCACUUCAGAUGGCAAGAUUGGAUUAAUUCAUAUUGCAAUGAAUACUCCGAUUCCCAAGUGGGAAAUUCCAAAUGAAAAAAAGAGGGGAGGCAUUCUAUGCAUUGAUAGCUUUGACAUUAUUGGAGAUGGCGUAAAGGACAUGCUUAUUGGCCGUGACGAUGGCACAGUGGAGGUGUAUGGCUACGACAGUGCCAAUGAACCUGUCCUCCGACAUGACUAUUCUUUGACAGAAAGUAUAACAUCAAUCCAAGGAGGCUGUGUUGGGAAGGACGGCUAUGAUGAAAUUGUGUUAUCCACAUAUUCUGGAUGGGUGACUGGACUUACCACUGAGCCUAUACAUAAAGAAGCUGGUCCUGGGGAAGAGUUAAAAAUGAGCCAGGAUAUGCAAAACAAAAUUGCUUCAUUAAGGUCUGAACUGGACCAGUUGCAGUUUAAGGUCCUUCAAGAGCGUGAUCGGUACCAGCAUUCUUCCCAGUCAGUUACUGCUGUGUCUGCUGUGCCUGUCUUCAGUAUCAAUGACAAAUUCACCUUAAACCAAGACGAUGCCAGCUACAGCCUAAUUCUGGAAGUACAGAUGGCCAUUGAUAAUGUUCUGAUACAGAGUGACGUCCCUGUGGAUCUGCUGGAUGUAGACAAGAAUUCAGCUGUGGUCAGCUUCAGUGGCUGUGAUAAUGAGCCAAAUGGCAACUUCCUUCUUGCUACCUAUCGAUGCCAAGCUAACACCACAAGGCUUGAACUCAAGAUACGGUCUAUUGAAGGACAGUACGGAACCCUGCAAGCUUAUAUUACACCUCGCAUUCAACCAAAAACAUGCCAAGUCCGUCAGUACCAAAUUAAGCCUUUAUCACUCCAUCAAAGAACUCAUGCUAUUGAUCAAAACAGGCCCAUGAACAUGGUGAGCCUGACUGGCCAGUUCAGCUUUUCAGACAUGCAUUCCUGGGUUGUGUUUUGUUUACCUGAAGUCCCAGAGAAAACUCCAAUGGGAGAGAAUGUCACCUUUUACUUCCAGAACACCUUUCUGGACACACAGAUUGAAUGCACCUACAGAAAAGGAGAAGGAUUAUUUAAAUCCGACAAUAUUUCAACAAUUUCUAUCCUGAAAGAUGUGCUGUCGAAAGAAGCCACUAAAAGAAAGAUUAAUCUCAACAUAUCAUAUGAUAUAAAUGAAGAAUCUGUUGGGCACACUUUGAAAAUGAUUCAUCCAAAACUGGAGUACCAGCUGCUCUUAGCCAAAAAAGUACAAUUAAUUGAUGCUCUAAAGGAGCUGCAAGUUCAUGAAGGAAACACAGACUUUCUGAUCCCAGAGUACCGUUCUAUUUUAGAAGAGGCCGAAAAACUUCAGGAAGAAUACAAGAAGCAACCUGCACACCUUGAAAGACUUUAUGGUAUGAUCACUGAUCUCUUCAUUGACAAGUUCAAAUUCAAGGGCACAAAUGUGAAAACGAAGGUCCCUCUCUUGCUGGAGAUUUUGGACAACUAUGAACAAAAUGCUCUUAUGGCUUUUUUUGAGACUGCACAAUGAGUUUACGUGAGUCAGAUACAGCUCAGAGUAAUGUGAAUCAAGGCAGUCAUGUAUAAUAGCAGAAUCUGGCCAUUCUGGGGUUGUAGAAUAGUUCAACAACACCCAAGGAACCACGUUUGAUAUGCCUGAUGAAUAGUAUUUAUUUCUCCAGUCUCUCUGUUUGACCUCCUUCCCAACAGUCUUUUAUUCAUAAAUGUUUGUGUAGUUUGAAAGAUGAUACUAGUAACAUUCCUAUUAUUGUGUUUCCUAUGUUAGGAAUGUGGCUAUUGAGUUAAUUAGUAUAUGCCAUUACAAAAAAACAGCACAGUAAAGCUACAGAACCUGCUGAUUUCCCUGUCAUUCGUACGGGGAGCAUUGAUUUCAGGGGUAAUCACAGUUCCAACAGUAGUAACACAUAGUGAUUGAGAGUUUUUAUACUGGUGUCUAGGAUAUAAAUAAGAUCAGCAUUGCUUGGAAUCAAGAGAAAUGGAUAGAGUAUGGUGAAUGAUUGACCAUUACAGUUUAUUCUACAGAAGUGAAAUACAGAAUAAAUGACCAUCACCAGGAUUGGACUGGGCUGGUGGGACACUGGGCAAAAAUCAGGUGCUCCGCAGCCUUCAUGGGCCCUGCCGACCCAGGCCCACUCCCUGUAGCACCUCAAACGCACCCUCUCGCCCAAUCGUAAGUGAAUGUAAAAGGUAUGCAGCACAGUGACGGCGAGGGAUGAAGAGGGGUUACGUCAGUAGGGGAGCCCCUUCAAAUCACAAGUGGGGCCCUUGAGAUCGGAGUCCCGGAACCCCUGUCCGACGUUGAUUUGUCACAGUUUCACACUUUUGCACACCUGCAGGAAUAAUAGAGGCUUUACACACACAUGCAAAUGUAUGCUAAUUUUCAGCAUCUGUGGUCUUUGAAAUCAUUGAGUGGGGGCUCCAGUGCUUCCAACUCCUAUAGUACAAACAUGAAAAAAACAAGUUUAUCAGUCUGACUUGCUUUUACCUGAUAACCUUGUCCACAGCACUUGUCUUAAAAAUGUGACAGUUAAUUUGCAUUAUCUUGAAAAAUUUGUAAUAACUUAUUAAAUUAUUCUCUUUAUGA